AUGGGCGCUUCCCCAAACGCAACAGCUGGUACGGCUCAAAUUGCCUGUCUUAAUUGCCGCCAGCGUCACCAGAAAUGUGAUGGCAACAUUGCAUCCUGUGAGCGAUGCGCCAAGUCCAACCUCAUCUGCCAAUAUAUCCCAUCUCGACGUGGCCUUAGGUUUCCUCCAGAAAGAGAACCCCAGUUCUUGCACGCGACUUCAUUAGAACCCUCUACGCCUGCCGACUUGUGGUAUCCACAUGUCGAUCUAAAUAUCCAUCAACAGGCAAACAUGGAUAUCGCUUCCCCAGAUAUUCUGGUCUCCGAUGACUCCUUCGGGGUAGACAACUUCUUCCUGUCUUUUAGUUCGGGGGACACGCAACUUUGUGAUGACUAUCGCACUGAGACUUUCUCCAUGCCCCAUGACACGAUGUCCAUCGAUCAACCUAUCCUAUCAAGACACGAUGUGCCAUCGCAGGGUGAUUUCGAUACCCCCCUCAUAGAAUCUUAUUACAUGUACUUCCAUCCAAGUCACCCGCUACUACCCCCGCUAAAGUCUCUUCUGCGGUUGAGGCCCCCACACUAUCUCUUGCGAACAAUGGAAUUCACCGCUCUACACUAUGUCUCCCGCGCCAGUACAGAUCUCACCCGUCGAGAGAUUGUCCCCCUAGUGUACAACGCGGACGAUGCCGUCGAAAAGGUUCAGGCCCUGAUCAUACUGUCUAUUGUUCUUCACUCGCGUGACGAGCCCAAAGAAGCUCGGUAUUGCCUCGCCCAAGCCAUCCAACUUGCCUUCAAGUUGAACAUGCAUCACAAACACUUUGCAGAGGAAAGCGCCCUCGGUGAUCUAGUUCGUGAGGAGAGCUCGCGUCGCACCUGGUGGGAGCUGUUCAUCGUAGACGUCACUCAAGCUGCUCUUCAGUUCGGAAGCACUCUGAUCAUCAAUCUCGACCGGCUGGAACCUUUUCUCCCUUGCGAAGAAGAGAGCUUUUGCGACGAACUCUCGGUCUUGGAGAGUCUCACUCUCAAAGACCUGGAAGAUCGUGCCUUUUCAAAACGAGUGGUCAAUGUCUCCUCAUAUGCGUAUCGCAUUGAAGCAUGCAUACUUCUUCGAGAUGUGCUCGGCCUUACAAGGGCAGCCAACUCUUGUCCACAAACCUACAAAGUUCUCGAUGCCAAGAUAACAGGCUGGUUUUAUCACUUGUCAGGAUCACACCGGGGACCUAUCAGCUCCGAUGGGAAGUCCAAUGAAAUGAUAAUACAAGCCAUCAUGCUUGUUCACUGCGCUUCAAUCUUCCUUUCUCUUCCCCGGUCCCCUGUCUUUCCGUCCUCAAGGAUCAUGGAGACAUUGAUAUGUGGCGGCAGCCUCGGAAAAAAUGACAUCCGCCUACCCUUCUCUCAUUUACACACUGCCAAAGCUGCGAAAGCUGCGAUUGGAAUCUCAGAAUUGUCGUGUUUGCCAGUUCCGGCUUCUAGCCAUACCCCUUUCUACACUUGUUUUCUCGUCUUGAGCUCCGUAACCCAGCUUGUUAUCUGCCUCUCGGAUCGGCAACAUCUUCUUGAGAAGUAUGUUCCGUUCCUCUCCAUGAAUAUUGGUGUCUUGAAAUCAUUGCGUUCUAUAUGGCCAAUUGCCACUGGUUCCUCCGAUCGGAUUCAAAACUGUAUCUGGGACUUUUUCAGGGGUGACAGUGAAGAUCGGAGUACUCCAGAUAUUGCGUUACCCAGCUGA